AUGGAAAUCGAGAAUAUCGUCGCCAACACCGUUUACAUUAAGGCUCGAGAAAAUGGCGGUCAAAAGAAAGGAAAGAGUAAAAAGUGGAAGAAUUAUUUGCGAUUCCCGCACUACACGGAAUGUUUGUACCUCAGGUCGGAGAUUGAUGUCAGCUAUAGUUAUGUGGUCGAAAAACAGCCAAUCGGUAAAGUGCUUUUUGAGCAAUUCUGCAGUACAGAUGCGCGAUAUGCAAGGGCGUGGGCAUUCUUAUGCAAAGUUGAAGAAUACGAAACAUCUGAUGAUGAUGGCGAAAGUCGCCGAACAUUGGCCAAAUCAAUUGCCUCGCUUUUAUCAGUAGAAAAUGACGCUCCAUGUUCAUCCAGUGAUUCGUUAUGGUGCAGCUUCUUAUCAGAUGAUUUUAUACAAAAACUCAUUUCCACUGCCAAUGAUAUGUCACAAGAAUCUGAGCCUUCUAGUGGCAUAUUUUCCGGAGCUUAUCAAAGUGUGCGGUCAUUCCUCGCUGAUUGUUCUUUUCGAAAAUUCUUGGGGACACGUUACUUUCAUCGUUAUUUGCAGUGGAAAUGGUUGGAGAAAAGGCCUGUGAAUAAACACACAUUCCGCUUAUACCGGGUGCUUGGAAAAGGAGGUUUCGGAGAAGUUUGCGCUUGUCAAGUCAGAGCUUCUGGAAAAAUGUACGCUUUGAAAAAAUUGGAAAAGAAGAGAGUGAAAAAGAGGCAUGCGGAGACUCUCAGUCUAAAUGAAAAGCAAAUCCUGCAGAAAAUCAGUUCUCCGUUUGUGGUUAGCCUAGCAUAUGCAUAUGAAACAAAGGACGCUCUAUGCUUAGUAUUGACGCUUAUGAACGGAGGUGAUCUGAAGUUCCACUUGUACAAUUUAAUACCUGGUGGAUUUGAAGAAAAGCGUGUGCAGUUUUAUGCUGCUGAAAUUACUCUCGGCUUACAACAUUUACACAAGGAGCAUAUCAUUUACAGGGAUUUGAAACCAGAAAAUAUUCUUCUUGAUGAUUACGGUUGUUUUAGUUUUCUGUUUUAUCUUUAUCGGGGGAAAUUUGUUUGUUUGUUUAAAAAUUAA